UUACUAUGUAUUUGUUCAUUUCAGGCCACUAAAUCUGGAUGCAAAAUAUACAAACCAGGAACAAAACAAGAUGAUGAAAAUUCUGGUGGCUGGUUUAGUUGGAUAUGGGGCUGGUCACGUGAAGAUAAGGAUGAACAGAAACAAGAAGUAAAGACUUCAAGUCUUGGAGGUCUUAUGACGAGUGAAGAGAAAGCUAAACUAUAUGCAGCAAUUGGAUAUAGUGAAACGGCUGUGGACCCAACACUUCCAAAAUCAUAUGAAGCCAUGAAAUUGUCUGUAAAUUUAAAAAGCAUGUCAGCAUCAAUAAGAGAAAACAACCAAACUCCCGAGUUGUUAAAAUUUUCUUUAAAUGAAUUGAGUACAAUAUUUACGCAACGACCUGGUGCACAAGCAAUAAGAUUUGAAACCAAAAUAACUUCACUUGAAGUUACAGGCAUGACCCAAGAAAACUGUACACCCUGUCUUCUGUCUUCUCGAACAGUCUAUUCAGACAAUAGUACCUCGCUCUUAAGCAUAAUGUUUGAGACUAAUCCUUUGGAUGAGGGGGCAGAUCAGAGGCUUAGAAUAGAAUCACAGCCAUUGGAAAUUAUAUACGAUGCAAGAACAAUAAACAGCCUAGUGGAUUUCUUCAGGCCCCCAAAUGAUGUACAUUUAGAGCAAUUGACAUCUGCAACUCUGAUGAAACUUGAAGAGUUUCGUGAAAAAACAUCAACAGGGUUGUUGUAUAUUAUUGAGACCCAGAAAGUUCUUGAUCUCAAAAUUAACCUCAUGGCUUCAUACAUCAUUGUUCCACAAAAGGGAUUCUAUGACUGUACUUCUAGUCUGCUUCUUUUGGAUCUUGGUAGUCUUAAGAUGAAAAGCAAAAGUCGUUCUGAUAUAUCAGGACUUAAGGUGGGACAAAGCAGUAUUGAAGAUAUAAUGUCAAGAGCUUAUGACAGUUUUGAUAUCCAACUCACCAGUAUACAACUACUUUACAGCAAACAUGAUGAGAACUGGCAAGAGGCUCGCAAGCUGAAAUACUCAUCUCAACAUAUCUUGCAGCCCUUGGAUGUAAAAGUGGAAUUUGGUAGGGCUAUGGUUGUCACUGAUGCAAGAAUGCCCAAGUUCAAGCUGUCUGGACAGCUGCCUUUACUUUCUGUCCAAAUAUCAGACCAAAAGCUGAAAAGUAUCUUGGAGCUAAUUGACAGCAUUCCUAAAGCAGAAAGUAGUCCUGCUACCAGCUCUCCUCCAAAAAUAACUGAGGCUGCAAUAUCGCCCGUGCUUUCCGCACCACAUUUAUCACAGCUUCCUGUUUUGGAUCUUCAUUCAUUUGCAGAGUCAGAAUCAGAAGAAGAAUUUUAUGAUGCUCUAAGCAGUCCUGUGGAAGAUAUGCCAUUUUUUGAAACGCCGUCUGCAUCCCUCAAACGAGGUAGCAGCACAAGACGAAAAAAACUAAAUAAACAAGAAUCUUUAAAAAAUAUGACAGAACUCCAGCUGAGGUUUGAAGUAGCAGAGGUCUUAAUAAAAUUAUGCCGUCUUACUGUCAAUUCUGAGACUCCAGUGCUGCAGCUUGAGGUUGUAGGGUUAGGCACUGAACUUAAAUUAAGAACAUUUGACAUGACUGCAAGUGCUUUCCUGCAUGAAAUUUGCCUACUGUGUCCAGAGUAUAUGGAUGAUAAUGACAAACCAGUUUACUUAGUUACUACUUUGGAUAAUGUAGAAGAUGAUCUUCUCACUUUGGAGUACGUAAAGGCUGAUAUUAAUGGACCAGAAUUGAAGACUGCCUAUCAGAAUGUUCUACAGAAAAUAAAGGUAAACUUUUCAUCUCUCGAUGUUCAUUUGCAUACCGAGACUCUCUUGAAUGCUGUGAACUAUCUGAACAGUCUUCUACCCAAACAAGAAACUAAAGUUGUAGAAGAACCUGUCCAUGAGAAAACAGAGGACAAAAAAGAUGUUCUUAAAAAAUUAACAUCAAAAAAAUCAAAGAAUGAAGACGUUAUUGACCUCAAUAUCUGGGCGGAUUUAUCCUGUUUGCGUGUCUUUAUUAGAGAGAAAAAACACAGAAUAGCUGAAAUUCACAUUGAAGGUCUGGAUAGCCAAGUGAUCAUGAGAAAAACAGCAACAGAAAUAACCGCAAAACUAAAAAACAUUGUUAUUGUGGAUUCUGAUGAGAUGGCACUAUAUAACAAGGCUCUUUACAUCACAGGAAAAGAAGUCUUCAACUUCAAAAUCAUAUCUUACGUAAAUGCUACGGAUGGUAUUGCAUACACAAAUAUGGAUGUUGUUGACAACCGUGUUUACUUAACUGUUGGUUGUAUUCAAGUAGUUUUUGUCAACAAAUUCUUUUCUUCUAUUUUGGCUUUUAUAAAUAAUUUUCAAGCUGCCAAGGAAGCUCUUACUGAGGCAACAGUUCAAGCAGCAGAGAAAGCAGCUACAGGUGUGAAAGAGCUAGCAGAGCGUAGUUCUCGUUUGGCACUAGAUAUCAAUAUUAAAGCACCGGUUGUGAUAAUUCCACAGUCAGCAAUUUCUGCAAAUGUCCUGGUGGCUGAUCUUGGUCUAAUCACUGUAAAGAACCGAUUCUUUAUUGCUAAAACAAAUACUCGAUAUAAUCUCCCACCUGUUCUUGACUCUAUGACGGUGAAAUUGAGUGAACUGAAGUUAUACAGGUCAUGCUAUGAGCAGAAUUCUUUGCAAACUGAAGUAGAGCUGCUGCAACCUCUCAAUCUGGAAGUAGCUGUUGAACGAAAUUUAGCUGCUGCAUGGUAUAAUGAGGUUCCUGAUAUUGAAAUAUCUGGACGACUCAAGCCUAUGAAUCUAAUACUCAGUCAAGAGGACAUUACAACAAUACUGAGGACACUAAAUGAAAAUAUAGGUGAAAGCUCGGGUGCAUCACCACCUUCACAAGAACUGAAAGAUACAACCAGUCGUAGUGAUAUCCGCAGUACUUCAGAGCACUCUGCAGGUGUAACUCUUGUGACAUCAGCUGUGGUGGAAUUGCAUUCACCUGUGAAAAUAAAAACAACACUAAAACUGGAUUUCAGAUUCGACUCUUUGACUUUAGUGUUAUAUAAUUCAAAUUCAAAACAGGGUACAAAUUUGGAUCAGAGAGAUGAUCUUUUGAAGCUUGCAGAGUUUAAGUUGCUGUUGAUGUCAGCCGCUGUGAAAAUGUUAUCAGAUGGCUCAAUGAAUGCUUCGGUCAAGUUAGCAGACUGUACAUUAGAUGAUGAAAGACAGGCAAUCCACAAGGCUACACCAAGGAUGGUGGAAAUGAAGCACGGAUUUGAAAAGAAAGUUAUGAUGGAUAUAAGCUAUAAGCAGGGGAGAGAUGGCACUGUUCUUGAUGUGAUUGUUCAAGAGAUAUAUCUUUGUGCAAGCAUGGAAUUUCUACUUACAGUUGCAGAUAUAUUCCUAAAAGCUAACGCAGAAAGUGCUGCAGCACAGAGAAAUCUCAGGCACUCCUUACCUUUAAAAGAGCAAGCACCUCUGCAGCCUGUAUCUAUGAUGGAAAUGAACAUUAUUGUUAAAAAUCCAGAAAUUGUGUUUGUGGCUGAAUUAACAAGAAGUGAUGCUCCUGCUUUGGUAGUUACAGCACAGUGUGAGGUCUUCAUUAAAAAUAGUCCUGAAAGGUACAGCAUGACAGCUGCUGUUAAAGAGGUACAAGUAAAAGCGUGCCCAUUUCUUCCAGAAAAAAGGAAAGGGAAUGUAACUACGGUAUUACAGCCUUGCGACUUCUUCUUUGAAAUGAAACGGUCUGGUAAUAAUCCACAGUCAGCUGAUCUAAUGAUUAAAUCUCUGACAGUAAAAGUUUCACCAAUAAUCAUAAAUACAGUAAUAACUAUUACCUCCGCCCUUUAUCGAACUGCAGAAACAACAGAAGAAGAGAUUAGUCAAACUCCUCCAGGCUUGUGGAAUAUGAAAGACUUAAAAGAUCUAAAAUUGUGGUUUCUUGAAGAGUCAAAUGAAAGUGAAGACACAAGUCCAAUCACUGAACUGGUUCCCACAGGGCAGUUAUUGAAAAUGAGUAUAGAAUCUGUUGUUCUUACACUUGAAGCUGGGGUUGGGCACCGAACUGUACCAAUGCUCUUAGCCAAGUCCUCAUUUCUAGGAGAAGUCAAAAACUGGAGUACUCUCAUCAACCUACAUUCUCAGCUUGAGCUAGAGGUGCACUAUUUUAAUGAGAUGUUUGGAGUUUGGGAACCUUUACUUGAGCCACUAGAAAUAGAGAAGACUGACUUAUUUAAACCAUGGAUUCUUGAAAUCAAGAUGAAGAAGAAAGCUAAAAAAGCAUUAGUUGAAUCAGAUGCAGAAGAAGAAAACUAUAAAAUUCCAGAAUAUAAAACAGUAAUAAGUGUUUCCUCAAAAGACCAGCUGAAUAUUACAUUAUCCAAAUGUGGACUGCAAAUGUUGAGUAACUUGGGAACGGCAUUUGCUGAAGCAGCUAGUCAAACUUCAGAUAUCUUCAAAAAAGACCAAGCGCCAUUUGUACUAAUAAAUUCUUUGGGACUUGCCAUCACUGUCUUGCCUAGUGAUUCUUUCAGUGUCCUCGAUGUUGAAUUUGGAGCAAAAAUAUUUGAUUUAAAAGACGGAGGUAGUUUAAAUAUGGAAUAUGUCAGAUCUAAAAGUGAGAGUGAACAGUUCACAGCAAUGACAACCCUGAGUAGCAAAAGGUUUUAUAUUCAAAUCUGUCCACAUAAUCAUUCUACUGUCGAGAAGAUUCCGCUGACUAAAGUGGGUCGGUGUAUUUACAAAGUAAGACAUGAGGAGUCAGGUGUUGAAAGGUCCAUUGUCUGCCAAAUUGAUACUGUUGAAGGAAGCAAAAUGAUAACUAUUCGUUCUCCUAUCCAGAUAAGGAAUCAUUUUUCAAUCCCUUUCACUAUUUUUGAUGAAGGAAGAUGUCUUGGGACUGCAUCACCAGAGAAUGAAUUCAACAUACCAUUAUCCUCAUACAGAUCAGUACUGAGUUUGCUACCCAUAGCAGAUGAAAAUGGAGUGGAUGGAGAAUAUGAUAUGUGUGAAGGAAUUACUUUUGAUGAAAUUAUGAAAAAUGUUGACAGCUUAUUACAAAGGAAAUGCCAGUCUGUGAUGUCGACUAACCACUCACUUAUCGUCAAUAUUGUUACUGUAAAAGACACAUUGACAUCUUCAUUAUGCUCAGAUGAUGAGUGGGAUUUCUCAUAUGUCGUACAUUUAUGGCCUUCUGUUCUUCUUCACAAUCUUCUUCCUUAUCACAUAACGUACUCUGUAGAGGGAAAUGGGAACAAAUAUCACACUCUACAUGAUGGAUGUUCAGCCCAGAUUCAUAAUGCAGUCUUGGAUCAAACAAGGCUAGAUUUAGAGCUGCUUAAUUAUCUUGAUCAAAACUGGAAAAGCGAGUACCAUAUAAAAAGUAACUUACCAGAUAUCAGCUUCACAACAUUUUACUGUAUCACAGAGUUGGAUAAGACUGAGCUGGACAUUGCUGUCCAUGUGACAUACACAACUGGGCAAAUGGUUAUAGCAAUUCACAGCCCAUACUGGAUGGUAAACAAAACUGGUCGAAUGUUGCAAUACAAAGCUGAUGGCAUUCACCGCAAACAUCCUCCAGAUUGCAAAAAGCCGCUGCUGUUUUCUUUCCAGCCCAAAAACUUCCUCCAAAAUAAUAAGGUUCAACUUAUGGUAACGGACAGUGAGCUGUCUGAUCAGUUUUCACUGGACACUGUUGGAAGUCAUGGUUCAGUGAAAUGCAAGAGUCAUAAAAAAGAUUAUCAAGUUGGUGUCACUAUCAACAACAGCAGUUUCAAUAUUACUAGAAUUGUAACUUUUACUCCAUUUUUUAUGAUCUCAAAUAGAAGCAAGUACACUUUGGAAGUAGCUGAAGAAGGCAAGGAAAAGUGGAUACCAAUUGUUUUGCAACAGGUAAUAUUCCGUCCAAUUUCUGCUGAGGCCAAGCUUCUUAUGAAUCCUCGAUCUGACAUUGAUUUCUCAACUCCAAAAAUGGAUCUAGAUAUAAAUAUAAAGGACGUAGCUGUUGAAUUCAAUAAGCCACAGUACUUCAGUGUCAUGGAACUUCUUGAAUCUAUUGAUAUGAUGACUCGAAAUUUGCCGUAUAGGAAGUACAGGCCUGAUGUUCCAUUGCACAACAAUGCCAAGAUAUGGUUACAGAAAAUUGAAAAUGGAAGAUUUGCAAAACUCAGAUAUAUUGCACAUGCUAUGGUCAACAGUACAGAUCUGUUAAUGGUGACAAAGAGUGGCGUCUUAUUUGUGACAAAAGGAACAUUUGGACAGUUGACAUGUGAGUGGCAAUACACUUAUGAUGAGUUUACAAAAGAACCAUUCAUUGUUGACGGCAGGAGAUUACGCAUUGAAGCAAAGGAACGAGUAAAGUCUGUGUUCCAUGCCAAAGAAUUUGGAAAAAUUAUUAACUUUAAAAGUUCAGAGGAUGCUAAGUGGAUCCUUUCUAAAUUGGAAGAAGUGAGAGAGAAUCAGCUGAAAUCGUAAUGAAUGGAGAAGCACCAGACAUGAAGAGUACUGAGCAGCUACCUUCUAACUCCUCUUGAACAAGAAGAACUAAUUACGUAUCAGCAAUAUUUUACAAAUAAAAUGAAAAAGAGUAGGGAGAUGAUUGAUGAAAUUAAUUGUCACACCAAUUUAUGGAUAUAUCAUAAAAAGAAAGCUAUCAUUAAGUUUUCAAAACC